AUAUGGAUAAAGAUGAAUUAAUUUUUUUUACCCAAAAUUAGUUUUCUUACAUAUCUAUUUGGGUGAUUAUUUAAUUUAGUGACCUUUUAAGACUUAAUCUUUUCAAACAUUUUUCGACUCCUUUCAAUUUUUUUAACUCUUUCCAAUGUCUUCCAACUCUUUUAGUUUCUUUCAAGAUCUAAUUUUAGAAUUCUAACAAAAAGGAACAAACCAUUAACAGCACGGGGGGCGAAUGACAAACGUCAAGGUGUUGGUGCAUGGUACUGGGGGAAUUAACGUUGGCGGAUGGGAUGAGCUGACGAGUGUGGGGACGUUCCCCCCUCUCUCUUUCUGCUCUGUAUAUCCAUUUGGGAGGCAUCCAGGCCCGGGGCUGGUAGUCGAUCUCCAUCUGCCUCUCGCCCCAUCUCCGUCUGUUGUUUCUACUGCCGCGGCUUCUGGCUCGCCGUCGCCGCCUCCCCGCUACCGGAUAACAGCGGCGCUCGCCUUCCACGAUUCCACCUCUUUCCUCCGGCCAGGGUUAAUGGCUGAAUUGACUGCACAAGCGCAGCCUAUUUACAGUGCAUCACAAGAUAAAGAUGGUACCGGAACCAAGCCCAACCAAGACAUUGCACAUAAUCAAACUUUGGAGGCACGUUCUGAAGAUGCCGAGCAGAAGGCUAGGGUAGAUGCUGUUUGGCAGCAGAUGAACAAAGGGGUUCCUACGAAAACUCUUAAUUCCAUAUUACAGAAACAUAGCUCACCAGUCAAAUCAAGUACUAUUAAAAGUUCAAAGACAUCUGUGAAUUGGAUGACGGUACUGGGUUUAGCACCAAAAAAAGCAUCAUCCUCUGUCCGAAAUGCAACUGAGAAGCAGCCAACCAAGACAAUACAGUUGGACACAAGUGAAGAUGCAAAGAAACUGGCUGCUGCUGCUCUUUCUGCUGCAAAGGAUGCUAUUUCAGCAGCUGCAUCUUCCAACAGGGGAAAAAUUGAGGUUUCCGAAGUUCGGGACUUUGCCGGGGAAGAAAUUGAAGUAAAGAAGUAUGUUGACGCGAGCUCAAAAGAUGCAUCAGACAAAGGGAAAGCUCCUGCGGGGCCUGUUUCUGCUGUUGACGCCGUUCUUGAACAAAUGAAGAAGAAACAGAAACUCAGCGUGCUAGAUAAGACAAAGAAGGACUGGGUAGAAUACAAGGGAGAAAACAAAGGCGUCGAAGAAGAACUGGAUGCAUACAAAAAGAGUUCCAACCAAUAUCUAGACAAGGUCUCUUUCCUGCAGCGUGCAGAUUACAGAGAGUUUGAACGGGAGAGAGAUGUACGGCUUGCUAUUCAGGCCAAGAGGAAACCCGAUAUGCGGGAAGAUUUCUGAAGAAGAAGAAGAAGAAGAAGUGGGUGAAAUUCAUUGGUUCAUUGUCUCAAAUCUUAAUCUGAGCAGUUCAUUCAGAUGUGAAGACAUCUGCUUAUUGGCACCUUCCAAAAGAUGGAGAGGCUUAGAAAGGAAAGAGGAUAUUGUAAGAAGAAAAGUGGAGGAAUUAUUCAAUUAUGUGUAUUUGUUCCAUGUACCAGUUCAUAAGUGGUGGGUCACUCGGGAUUUACUUUUUUACCCUUGCUCAGAAUCAAUAAAGUUUGCUUACCCCAUUAUUCUGUGUUAUUUUCUCCCUAAUGCCAUGUUUGGCAGUACUUUACAUUCAAUUAGAGACUUUGAAAACGAGAUGUUAUAUGUUUGUGUUUAGGUUCUUGAUUGAGUAGAUCAUGAAAAAAGUUUGUUUGAAAAAUAAGCUUUUUGUGGAGUG